AUGCCAGGCCUUAUUCAUCUAGUCCGCCAUGCGGAAGGCCUUCACAAUUUGCGCCAGGAUUACGAAAUCCACGACGCCCCUCUUAGCGAACGAGGGUUCAACGAAGCCGACCUACUAGGCCAGAAGCUCAUCUACAGGUACUCUGACCGCGUUGGCACAAUCAUGUCCAGCCCACUGCGCAGGUCGAUACAGACUUCCUUAACCGCAUUCCGGCAGAUCUUGAAUCCAGUCCAAUAUCCUGCCAAUACAGGCGUGGGUGCUAAGUCCGGACUGAUGUUGAUGCUCGACCCAAGGCUGCGGGAGUUCAGCGGCCCGCCUUGCAACACCGGCUCCUCAGUAAGCGAGCUGAUGUUGCAGUUCCCAGCUCUGGAUCAGCUCCAGCAGCUCAAUCCAACGUGGUUUAACAGCCCUGGACAUAAUCAGCCAUCCGCGGAGCUCAGACAAGAGAUCUUGGGACGGUUGGAGCAGAUGCAGACGGAUCUGCACAGGGGUUUUGAUCCCGACAGAACUGAUAUCGUGGUAGUAACUCAUGACGGGAUUAUCAGGACCCUCGCACCUGGCAUCCAGAUUGGUUUAGGGCAAUGGAGAAGCUUUGAGUUGGUGAGAGGCGGGAAUGGGACGCUCUCGUUGGAGGUCGUACCAGAAAGUGAAAAUUCUGUUAAAGAAAACAUCUUGACAGGUGGUAUGAACUCAGGCGUCUUUUCGAUGGCAAGUGUGUCCACACUCAACUAG